CUUAACGCCUGGGCUGGGGCCGCCGCGCCAGUCGCCGAGCAGGUCCUUGCCCCGCUAACUCCGCUCCGGGAUCUUCGUUCUCGACGCGCCGGGCUGCGGGCGGUCCAGCCGCUGGCUUUCUCCGCAGCUCGUUCUCUCCCCUUCCGCUCCUUUUAUCGUGAGCGUGAAAGGAGAAGGCCCUCGGCCGCCCGGACCCCUUCUUGUGCCCAUCGCCAAGUGCCACCACCGCCAUGGGCCUCACCAUCUCCUCCCUCUUCUCCCGCCUGUUCGGCAAGAAACAGAUGCGCAUUCUGAUGGUUGGAUUGGAUGCUGCUGGUAAAACGACCAUUCUGUAUAAACUGAAGUUAGGAGAGAUAGUCACCACCAUUCCUACCAUUGGUUUUAAUGUAGAAACAGUAGAAUAUAAGAACAUUUGUUUCACAGUAUGGGAUGUUGGUGGUCAAGAUAAAAUUAGGCCUCUCUGGAGGCAUUACUUCCAGAAUACCCAGGGUCUUAUUUUUGUGGUAGACAGCAAUGAUCGUGAAAGAAUUCAGGAAGGAGCAGAUGUGUUGCAAAAAAUGCUUUUGGAAGACGAGCUGCAAGAUGCAGUCCUGCUGCUUUUUGCCAACAAACAGGAUUUACCAAAUGCUAUGGCCAUCAGUGAAAUGACAGAUAAAUUAGGUCUUCAGUCUCUUCGUAACAGAACAUGGUAUGUCCAAGCCACUUGUGCUACCCAAGGAACCGGUCUGUAUGAGGGACUUGACUGGCUGUCAAAUGAGCUUUCAAAACGUUAAAUGAAACUGGAUAUCUAACCAAGGACAUAUGUGAUAGAAUUGGUCUAGGCUUGUUACAACAAAAUUAGUUUGCAUCUUGGUUAUUAAACAGUAUCUGAGACUGGUUUGGGCACACUAUUACAGCCUUUAAAACUUGUUUUGUUGCCAAUUAUUGUCUACCAAGUAUGGUAUUGCUCUUAAGCAAUAUGCUUGGUUUUAAAAGAAAUUCUCCUUGGGGAAAAAAAUAGUAUCUUUUAAAUUUUACUUCCCUUAUGCCUAAAUGCCUGGACAUAGCUAAUGUGACACCUUUAAAUUAAAUCUGUUUUUUGAACCUACCACAAAUAAUGUUUUAAAGUUAUCCCCUUGCUACUCUACCAGUAUCUUUAUCAUUCCUAGGGCAGUCUGCUGAUUUAAAAAUGUAGCAUUCCAUUUGUAUUUAUUUCUAUCCCUUGCCAAAAAAGGUUUUUUAAUACUGCUUGUACCAUCCAGGGAACUACUCCAAAACACUAUUCAGUCUUGCACUGAGGAAAUUUUUUUCUCCCUAUUAUUGACUUCUGGCCUCUGUCAGCCAAGCUUACUUUGAUGUGGCUUGGAUUUGAUAGUUAAUUCUGUGCUGGUUGCAAAGAGUUCAUAUUAGAUGUUUUAUAACAGUCAGCAGAUUGUCUUCCUUUAUAUUGUUAUCUUUUUUAUGUUGCAUGUUGCUUUUGGUAUCAGCCUGACUCUUUGCCCAGUAUAUGGUAGUUCUAAACGCUGAUGUUUUAUUGUUUUUUGGUGAAUAUAUCUUCCUUAAGAGUUUUUGGAAAUUUCAUCAAACUCAAUGAAUAAAUUUUCUUCAUAACCCAUUUGGAAUUAUUCCUAAUAAAAUGAUAAAAUACA